CUUUGGCUGCCUUCCCGGCUGUGCAAGGGCGAGGAAAGCCAGCCGGCCACCCCCCUCGGCGGGCGGGAGCCCCACCAGCCUUGCGGAGGGCGCUCGGCCACGCUGGAGGGGCUCAAGACCCCCUUGGAAGGAGAAGCGGGGGGGAAAGGCGCAGCAAGGCGGACCUUGCCUGUCUGACUGCCUGCGGGUCGGUUCCGGCGUGGCUGGGCGCUGCGGAGGCCGAGCUCCGCUGAUCGGGAGCCAGCGACCGGCCCCUGAGCCUCGAUGGAGACGGCGCCCUUCCCGCACCCGUUGGCUCCCGAGCCCGAACCCGGUCCGGUUCGGCCGGCGGGCGAGAAACGCUUCCCUCUCUGGUACGUGGGUUGCACCAGCCUGGACCGGCGCGCCACGCUGCCCAUGUUGCCCUGGCUGAUGGCCGAAGUCCGGCGGCGCAGUCAGAAGCCCGAGCCGGGCGCGGCUCCGGCCCGGGAGGUGCUGCUGCUGUUGGGCGCGCCCACCCUGCGCUGCGUGCCUUCUUCGCCCGCCGGCGGCGGCCCCGGCUCGGCCGUCUUCAUCUUCGAGCACAAAGCGCAGCACAUCUCGCGCUUCGUCCACAACAGCCAGGACCUCACCUACUUCGCCUACCUGAUCAAGGCGCAGCCCGACGACCCCGAGUCGCCCGUCGCCUGCCACGUCUUCCGAGCCACGGACCCCAACCAGGUCCCAGAUGUCAUCAGUAGUAUAAGACAGGCUUCCAAAGUUGCCCUCAAAGAAGACGUCAAGCCCAAUAAAGAAAAUGAAGAUGCCUUCUACAACUCCCAAAAGUUUGAGGUGCUGUAUCGUGGAAAGGUGACGGUGGCCCACAAAAAGGCUCCCUCCUCCCUCAUCGACGACUGCAUCGAGAAGUUCCACCUCCACGAACGGCAGCGCCUGAAGCUGCUGAGCGAGCACUGCAGCACCGAGUCCAGCACGGACCUCAUGACAUGGGAGGAUGGCCCCUCUUCCCCUUUGGACAACCCGUUUCAGGAGGUGGAGGGUUACAGCGGAGGCACCCCGGGGAUGUUCAUUGUUGGGAGCCAGACCAACCUGACCAGUUUGGCCAGCUGCCGGACCUCUUUCCCUGAGCGGAUCCUGGAGGACUCUGGAAUGGAGGAGCAGCUGGAGUUUCGUUCUCGCUGCAGCAGCGCUGCCAGCCUGCAAAGGAAAGCUCAGGAGAAUAACACCAAGCCUUCAUCCCGAAGGCGCCAUGCCAGUGCCCCGAGCCACGUCCAGCCCUCCGACUCUGAAAAAAACAGGACAAUGUUAUUUCAGGU